AUGCCCGUACAGGAACCUAGCCCUUUACCUGUGUGCUCGCUGAAUGUGUCCCUGCCAUGUGACUAUAAACCGUGUAACAAGUCGCCGUCCUAUUGCCGGUCAAUGCUGAGGGAGGAAAGAAAUCUAGUCAGAAACCAAAUCAAGCGGCUUAGAUAUAAACUCAACGAAACAAUUAAGGAGGAGGGAAAUAUUCGCCAUCAAUCACCGACCAGCACGGACCUUUCGUCGCAUUUUCCAGAGUUGAUUAAGGGCGAAAAUUUGGAGAAAAGUUUUUCAUCGCUUUUUCGGGUUUUGGAGGCUUUAUUUGUUUAUACAUCCCAGAGAUUACAACAAGAAGAAAAAUUACAGCUCAACACUAGGAUAAAAGGAAGACUUAUAAGGAUUCAAAGAUUACUGAGUAAUAUAAUGUGCAGAAUUUACCGGGCCGAACACAUCCAAAAUAAAACUCAGAUACAUGGAAUCUGUCUCAAUAUACAAGCAAUGUAUACACAGUCAAUAUAUGGAAUGUUUGAGCGGAUUCUAGCAAGAGUGGACAGCGGGAGAAGACGGAAAAGAAGCUGCAAUCCAAACAAAAACAGAAAAAGGAGAGCUAAAGGUCGAAAAACACAGAAAAGAAAGUCUUCAAAGAAAUUAUGAUCAUGUUGUUUUAAUGAAGUCAACCUGUGAUAUCAAGUUGUGAA